AUUCUGCUCUCGGAGAGGCUGCCUUUCUUCACUGAAGACAAACGGUGCCACUAUACUGAAAAGGGAAGAUGGUCUGCAGAUAAUUAGGUUUCUUGAAGAGCUGCAAGGAAACGUUCCUGUCAAUGCAGCACCGGCAAAACUUUGUCUGAUUGUCCAGUUUUGGGUGGGAAGACUUUUUUUUUAAAAAAGUGCUGGAAUUUGGAAUGGUGGAACUAUCUGUUUGGGCAGCCUUGUGAAAUGUUUAUGUCCUGAACUGCUGAUAAAAGUGUUCUGUUUGCAAACAGCAAGAGCUAUAAAUUGAGUUGUUGCUGCACAUCUUUCCAAGUCCUGGUCAGAGAAGGAACUUAAUACUGCAUUUUAUGUAGUGUCGUGCCCGCCCCCCCAAUUCUGGGAAGAGGAAGGGACUUGGAAAUGGGUCCUGACAGUAAUGUUCAUUACAAUAAAUAAGCUAGGUUGCAAAAGGCCACACAUGGAUGGGACUUCUCUGUAAAUGAACAGUAACAAAGUGUGGUAGAAAGAAAACCAGACUUCUUUCAGAGGGCUUCGCACAUCCAUCCUGAUGGAAGCAGAGGCGGCAGGGAGCUCAAUGCUAGCCAACAGGAGAGCAGCUGGCAAACCUCUCCGGAUAGCUCUUGGCGUUUUCGUGAGUAGCACGGUUCUACUUGGAACUGCACUUUUCCUGGUUAGCCAAGGUCUUAUAAAGUUUCACCCAAAGCAACAGUAUUGCUUGACUCCUGAAUGCAUUGAAGCUGCUUCUGCCAUCAAAAGCAAGUUAAAUACAUCUGUGGAUCCCUGCGAUAAUUUUUUCCGGUUUGCCUGUGAAGGAUGGAUACAGGAUAAUCCAAUUCCUGAAGAUUCCUCAAGUUAUGGAAUCUAUCCGUGGUUGAGGCAUAAUGUGGACCUCAAGUUGAAAGCUCUCCUUGAGAAACCUCCUAGCAAAAGGCGGGACAGUGAAGCAGUACAAAAGGCCAAGAUACUUUAUUCUUCAUGUAUGAAUGAGAAUAAGAUAGAGAAGGCUGAUGCAAAACCACUUCUAAGCAUGCUGAAACAUUCUCCAUUCCGCUGGCCUGUGCUGGAAUCGAACCUCGGGCCUGAAGGAUUAUGGUCAGAAAGGAAGUUCAGCAUGCUCCAAACCCUGGCUACUCUUCGUGGCCAAUACAGCAGUUCUGUUUUCUUCCGAAUGUAUGUGGCUUCUGACGAUAAGAACUCUAAUGAGCACGUCAUAAAGCUAGACCAAGCAUCUCUGUCUUUGUCAGCACGGGAAGACUACCUGGACAACACCACAGAAGCUAAAUCUUACAGAGAUGCCCUAUUCCAGUUCAUGGUUGAUACAGCAGUGCUUCUGGGUGCCAAUGCUUCACGUGCAGAGUUGGACAUGAAGUCUCUGCUUAAGUUGGAAGUCAAAAUAGCUGAGAUAAUGAUUCCACAUGAGAAUCGAACCAGUGAAUCUAUGUAUAACAAAAUGAACAUAUCGGAACUUAGCACCAUGAUCCCACAGUUUGACUGGCUGGCAUAUAUCAAGAAGGUGAUUGACACCAAGAUCUAUCCUGACCUUAAGGACAUAGAUUCUUCAGAGAAUGUGAUUGUCCGGGUGCCCCAGUACUUCAAAGAUUUAUUCAGGAUUCUGGAAAGUGAAAGGAAAAAGACAAUUGCCAACUAUCUGGUGUGGAGAAUGGUUUAUUCAAGAAUCUUUAACCUCAGCCGACGCUUUCAAUAUAGGUGGUUGGAGUUUUCAAGGGUAAUCCAUGGGACGCCUUCCUUACUGCCUCAAUGGGAUAAGUGUGUAAACUUUGUGGAAACCGCUCUCCCUUAUGUUGCUGGCAGAAUGUUUGUAGAUCUACAUUUCCAAGAAGACAAGAAGGAAAUGAUGACAGAGCUGACUGAAGGGAUUCGUUGGGCCUUUAUGGAUAUGUUGGAAAAUGAAAACACCUGGAUGGAUUUAGAAACAAAAAGAAAAGCUACUGAAAAGGCAAAAGCGGUUUUGGCAAAAGUGGGUUACCCUGAAUUUAUAAAGAAUGAUACGUAUAUUACUGAAGGCUUAAAAACAAUGAAGUUUUCAGAAACAGACUAUUUCAGCAACGUACUUCAGACCCGCAAACAGGCAGCACAGUCUGAUUUCUACUGGCUGAGAAGAGAAGUUCCAAAAACAGAGUGGUUUACUAGUCCAACGACUGUCAAUGCCUUUUAUAGUGCAUCUACAAACCAGAUCAGAUUCCCAGCAGGAGAACUCCAGAAGCCUUUCUUUUGGGGAACAGAAUAUCCCAGGUCUUUGAGCUAUGGUGCAAUUGGAGUCAUUGUUGGGCAUGAGUUUACCCACGGGUUUGAUAAUAAUGGCCGUAAAUAUGACAAGAAUGGAAAUAUGGAUCCCUGGUGGACUUUGACCUCUGAAGAAAAAUUUAAAGAGAAAACAAAAUGUAUGGUCAAUCAGUAUAACAGCUAUUAUUGGAAGAAAGCAGGCUUGAAUGUAAAAGGAAAGAGGACUUUGGCAGAAAACAUUGCAGAUAAUGGAGGUUUGCGAGAGGCUUUCAGGGCCUAUAGGAAGUGGAUCAAAGAAAACAGACAAGGAGAGGAAGAAGCCCUAUUACCAGGCAUUGACUUCACCCACAAUCAGCUCUUCUUUCUGAGUUAUGCUCAUGUGAGGUGUAAUUCCUUUAGACCAGAAGCUGCAAGAGAACAAAUCUACACUGGAGUUCACAGUCCUCCUCAGUUCAGAGUGAUCGGUGCUAUGAGCAAUUUUGAGGAGUUCCGAAAUGCUUUCAAAUGCAGAGAAAAUACUACAAUGAAUCGAGGUGCAGAUGCCUGCCGGCUUUGGUAGCAUUUCCCCUGGAAUUUUGCGCUGAAAUCACCUCCCCAUUUUAACAGUUCCAAAUUGUUUAGCUAGCGCUGCUUCAGAAGAGCUCUGACCAGCUAUGGACCAGAAUUUUUUGGGGGGUGCUUUGUCGUCUGGGUGGGUGACCUACACAGAUCCACUGUUAUUAAAUUGCUUGUUCAAGAUAUAGGAACUAUUUAAAAUAUAUGAUAUGGAAAAGAACAGGCCCGAUCUGAGAAAUAUAUGGAGAUGGAUUGUUCCAUAUAGAUAAUUUCAGUAACAAAUUAAAAUCUGCGAUUUUAGGAGGCUGAUCCCUACAUGUGUUCAUUCAGAAACAAGUCCCGCUGCAUUCAAAGUUAGCAAGAUUUUAAAUGGCACACUUCUAUUUUUCAGAAGAUAUGAGUGGAGAAACCAUCUUCAUCUGACGCUAUAAGGCUAUUUUGAAAUUCAACCAUGGGCACUUCCAAAACAUCCCCAUCCACACCUUCAGUUGCUUUCUCUCACUCACACUCAAGAGUCAUGAGGAUCUUUCCCUCACCCCUUAAUCAAAAGCAGGUUUGGGACUUUGAAUAGAAGCACAGCAGGCAAAGGUGGGGUCCCUUUACCCAUACCCCACAGCUGUUUUUAUCCUCAAAAUUCCACUUCCUCUCCAAGUUGCUUUCCCCCCUUGUAAUUAAAAAAGAGAAACAAGUGACUGCAUAACAUGUCUAGCUGGAACUUCAGGCAUGCCCUUUCUUCUUUCCUUGUAUGAAUACAUCUGCACAUAUUUCUACUUUUCCUCUAGUAUCAACUCAGAGGCAAAAACUGCUACUAAGAGCCGAAGGGAAGGAAGCCUUCUUUGUGAAUUUCACAUCUUCCCCACACUUAAUCUAGGUCCUCAGCCAUAGUUGAUAUGUACCCCGUACAUGGAGCAGAGGCCAAAGCAAAUGUAGACCUAUUGUUCAGCAGGAAGAACUGAUGCAGUGAAACCAGUAAGCAAACCAAUGGUUGUGCAUAAUUAUCUUUCUCAUGUGCAUAUGUCCCAUCUCUGGAUUCUGCCUCUCUUUUAUCAACCCUGAUGUGAUACUCAUUAAAUAAAAUAACUGGGAAAUGCAUAAUUCUGAUGAAGGAAAUAGAACCAGCCUGGUGACUGAUGAGGCAGAGCCCAGUCCCAUAAUCAUAGAUUAAGCACCCUUUCUACACAUAUUUAAUAACACGGCUGCUGCGGCUGCUGUUAGAUUGCUCUCAUACUGGUUUGGGUAUAUAUAAAGCAGGGGUGGUUAACGCGUGGUCCUGCUAGCCCCUGCUGCCUCCCCAAAUUCUUUUUUGUGGGGUGCAGGGAAAAAUUCAUAAUGGCUACACAGUUCCAAAAGGGUCAAAAUGAGCUCAUUUGCAAGCCUGGAAACAAGGUAAUUUUGACAGCUUUGGCACUCCAUAGCCACUAAGGAUGCCAUUUUCCCAGCACCAAUCUCUCUGUGUGUGUGUGUGUGUGUGUGUGUGUGUGUUGGGGGAGGGGGGAAAUGGCCCCAAGAUCACCUGAAAUUGCCCGCCCAUGGUAUAAAGCCUCUAGCACAUGUGGCCUGUCCUAACACUGGGAUCUAUACUAAGUUAGAUGCCCUUAGUUUUCAUUGAAAGCAUGACUAACUUAACUAUUUCAAUGGGACCUAACAGCAGCUGAUUUAGUCUGGAUGCAAACCACUGUAUUUAUAUACAAAAUGAGCAACAAACCUCCUGAAGAGCUGGGCACUGCUUGCAUUGUAUGGCAACAUGGCGUUGUGAUCAACCACGUAGACUGUUGCCAUUCAUGUGGCUCAAGGCAAAAGUAGAGGAUGGGGAGGCUUAGCUGAAUUUUCACCUUUUCUAUGAUUCUUUAAAAAUUGUGUCACUACAUAACUGCUCCAGGAAUAAGUUCUUUCAAAUAAAACAAAUAUUUUUUAGAAUUAUUGUUCCAUAAAUUGUUGCACAUUUAUUUUUGAGGAGAAGGAAAUUUAUGCUAAUUUGUUGAAGUGGAGGAAUUUUGUUAAUUAUAUCAUAUAAUAAAAGCUUUCCAGAAUUCCUUGA